CCGAGGCCUCCUUACGGUGCACGCUUCCCCCCGGAUCACGAAAACGGCUUAAGGAUAAGGCAGACCGCGCGUUUCAGAUAACGUGCCGGCCGUGGGGGCCUUUCCAGGCACCCCUGCAGUUUUGGGGCAGGCUCAGGGCGCGGGGGCAGCCUGUGGCCGCCGCCCGGCCCGGGCGAGGGCGGCCCGAGGAAACCGCCGAGAGCCGGGGAGCGCCCACCCCCUCCCGGCGCUGGCACCAACCAUCGACGAGCGGCAGGGGCGGCCCGACAGGCCGAGGAGGUGGGCCGCGACGCGGAAGCCCUGAAGCCGGCGGCAGGGCGGCCCGGGGCGGGCGUAUGGUGGCCGGGCGGCGGAGGAUGCUGAAGCUAGCUGUGGGGCUGCUGACAGCCGCCGCCGUGGCGCUGCUGCUGGAUUGGUGCGCACCUCCAGGGGCGCCACCGCCGGGGGGUCAGGGCCGCCGCCGGCGGGCCCCUCAGCCGGCCCCCGGGGCGGAGGCCGCUAACCUGCUGUGGGUGGUGCAGGUGUCAGAUAUUCAUAUCAGUAGAUUUCAGGAUCCCAAACGAGCUCCUGACUUUGAAAAAUUCUGUUCUGAAGCAAUUGAUGUAAUUCAGCCAGCAAUUGUUCUAGCAACAGGUGACCUGACAGAUGCUAAGACAAGAGAUAAAUUGGGAUCUGAGCAAGUAGAAGUAGAAUGGAAAACUUACCAGUCAAUCCUGAAGAGAUCAAGAGUCAUGGAAAAAACCAAGUGGAUAGACAUCAAAGGGAAUCAUGAUUCAUUCAACAUUCCACACCUGGAUAGCAUUCGGAAUUAUUACAGGAAAUACUCUGCCUGGCGUAAAGAUGGCUCUUUCCAUUACAUCCACACCACCUCUUUUGGGAACUACUCAUUCAUCUGCGUGGAUGCCACACUCAGCCCAGGCCCUAAGAGACCCUAUAAUUUCUUUGGGAUUUUAAACAUGAAUCAAAUGAAAGAUCUAUCUUUGAUGGCAUCAGAAAGUCUGCGCAGCAAUCAUACUGUCUGGUUUGGCCAUUUUCCCACCUCAACAAUCAUCUCACCAGCCCCAGGAAUACGAUCAUUAAUGAGUUCUGCCACAGCCUAUUUAUGUGGACAUCUCCAUACAAUGGGUGGGCUGAUGCCAGUCUUGCACAGUCAACACCGUGGUGGCACGCUGGAACUCGAAUUGGGAGACUGGAAGGAUAAUAGGAGAUAUCGGAUCCUUGCAUUUGAUCAUGACCUCCUUAGCUUCGCAGAUCUUAACUUUGAGGAAUGGCCUGUAGUUCUCAUCACCAAUCCCAAAUCCUUCCUUUACAGCAGUUCUACUCAUGAACCACUUGUCAAAAUUCUUUAUUCCACUCAUAUCAGAAUUCUGGCCUUCUCUCCUUCUGUCAUUAUCUCCGUCGAAGUCUAUAUAGAUGGAGUUCACUUGGGGAAUGCGCAUCAGGUGUCUGGCCCUCUCUACGUACUGAAGUGGAGCCCGCAAAACUACAGUGAAGGGUUCCAUCACAUAGAUGUGACUGUCCAGGAUGCUUCGGGAAGAAUUAGCACGCGGGGUCAUAUAUUUGCUAUGGAAGAAAACCUCUCUCUUAGAUUUGGCUUUUGGCCAUCUCUUAUUCUUCUCACUGACCACUAUGUUCUAGCUCGUGUGCUGUUUGGACUGAUUGUGCUGAUGCAGAUUGCCUUGCUCGUUAUUUUCAGAUACCUCCAAAAGCCAGCACUCAAAGAAAAGCCGGGAUUACUUACUCUGACCUCAUAUUCCCUUCAUGUCUUCAGUAAAACAAACACCUUCUACUACUCAAUUCUGGUUCUGAAUUUAUACACCAUUCUGGGACCAUGGUUUGUAGGUGAACUGAUAGACGGCCACGUGGGGGCCUGUUUUUCCUUUGGGGUGUUCGUUGGUGGUUCCUUCUUACAGGGAAGUCUGACGUUUGUGGUUGGGAUUUUACAGAUGUUGUUUUUCAACCUGCCAUUAAUGGCCUACUUGUGCUGGUGCCUGUUGCUGCGAUGCCAGGGUCACAGCUUCCUUUCUCACAUCCGUCACGUCCGACGCCCCGUGGCUGUGCUCAUUCACCUGGCAAUGGCCCUCCUCCUGACCUGGCAGGUCUAUUCCUGCUAUUUCCUGCAGCGAACCUAUGGAACCUUGGCUUUCUUCCUCUCCCCAAUGAGAACGUGGCUGGUGGUGCUGACCUCGGCUCUGGUUUAUAAAACUUGGACACUGAAAUCAUCUGAGCUCAGAACUUACAUAGUAGAAAUAAAAAACUGUCAGAGCUCCUGAAGUACAAUAUGAGUAUUCAAAGUUCUUUUCCUUAAACACUGUCAAGGCACAACUUAUAGUUUUGUGAUGCUGGAAUUCCAUACAGCCCAACUAUUAGGUGGUAUGAUCUGAAAGUGGUAAGAUCGCGAUCUGCAUCGCUACAGAGCUGUAUUAAAUAGUGAAUGUAAACAAUAUGUAUUAUAUACUUUUAUGGUAUUAUACAUAUACAAUAUACUGUAUAAUACAUGUUAUAUAAUACAGUUAUACAUUAAUACAGUGUGGGAAAGUAAUGGAAGAUCGACAAGAAGGAUUGUAAACACCUUGCACUUGGGGUGUUGGAAAACAUAUAUCCCACUAAUCAUUGCUCAGUCUUAUGUGCUCAACAAGUAGAACAUCUGCACUUAGAUAACAUGGGCCUAUGAUGGACUCAGAGGCACCUUAUCGAACGUGCCUGAGAUUCCUGCCCUGCUGUCAGAGAAAAUCAAUGCACAGGGGAAAACUAUGCCUGCUUGAAUCCCUGAUACACAGGCGAGAACAGCAGCUCUGAACUGUCUGUCUCGCUCUGGCUAGCGAGGAAUCUCUUGCUAACAAAGAAAAAAUCUCUAGCAAGGAGAAGCUCCACGGUGCCUGUGUUCCCGCUUGCGUGCCUCUGCACAGGUGCUGUCUCAGACACCCCCCCGGUUCACGAGGUAUCAAGAUUAAAUUUACUCUUUGCAUUUCACCCGUGGUUUUGUGGUUGGGCCUGUGUCGGCUCACACAUGCAGUAUGAGCUGUAUCAUAAUCUCUAUAAUAGGGGGUUUUGUGGUACAGAAGAUAGAUCCGUAUGGAUCACAAAUGGAAAUGUUUGAUCAUUACUACUGUGAAUGGAAAAAUGCUUUUAAUUAAUUAAAUUGAUUCUUACACUGCUGGGAAAAAUGA